UUGUCGUUACUCAAUUGGACAGGUGUCCCGGCAAAGAAUCCCGAGCAGACCAAAGUCUUCAAACGUCAGAUGAUUUAGAUCAUAACAGAGGAACCUGUUCUCUCCGUUUCAGUUCUUCGAGGAACACCGACGAAUUUCAUAACUCCGUACUCUUCGUUGCUUUGCUUGAUGGAGAAUUCACAAGAAUUAUGCAGCACAGAGGGAGAUGGGGAUGGACGGAAGGCGGUGCCUUCCACUUCUUACACCGCCGCAUCCUGCGGCGCUGCGUAUCGGUUGUUUGGCCGUCAAGAGUCAGUGCACAAUUGCUUGGGCGGCGGUCGAGCUGCUGAUAUUUUGUUGUGGAAGCGGGGGCGUGUUUCCUUUGGCACUAUCAUUGUUGCUACAGUUUCCUGGCUUGUGUUCGAGCGGUCUGGACUAUCAUUCUUAUCAAUUUGUGCAGAUGUCUUGCUGAUUUUGGUUGUACUCUUAUUCCUUUGUGCCAACUAUGCUGAUUUCAGAAAUAAACAACUGCAAACAUUACCGGAGCUAGUUGUAUCAGAGGAAAUGGUUCAUAAUGUUGCAGCGUCGUUCCGUGUUAAAAUCAACAAUGUGCUGCUUAUGGCUCAUGACAUCACUCUUGGCAAAGACUUUAGACUAUUCUUCAAGGUGGUGGUUUGUUUGUGGCUCUUGUCCGUCAUUGGCAGCUUUUUCUCCUUCUUUACGCUUGCCUAUAUCGGUUCAAUCUUGUCGAUAACACUUCCAGCCUUAUACAGCAAAUAUGAAGAGACCGUGGAUAGGUGUUGCGGAAAGAUCCACCGGCAGUUUUCAAAGCAUUAUAAAAUAGUGGAUGAUGGUGUUUUCAACAAACUUCCCAGAAAUGUACCCAAGGACAAAGAUUCGUAAUCCGGAUCAUUUAGAUUCAGACGCUUAGUCAUCAAUAUCGUACUGUCAGGUUUGAUAUUUCGUUAUAAAGUCAUUGAUAUGUUGCAUACUUCGCUGCCGCUUCCUCAUACCAGGCCUGGCAUAAUUGUCCAUUCUUUUCGUUCAUGUUCCGUCAUCUGUACGCUGCUUUGUAGUUGUGUUGGUCAGGAUAUGAAACUUGAGGUCUUCUUCAACGAGUGAACAUUUCAAUUGGCAAUCUAUGAUAUGCUUAAUUUCACCAUUUCGUUGCACGGUACAAGUCUGAAAGUUUUGCAUCCAGAUACAAUGACAUAAAGUUCGUUGCGGUUACAAGCAUGGACGGAGCCAAAGAAGGCUCACGAGUGGCAGAUACCCCACUCGAGUAAUUCGUUUGUUUGGUUGCAUACUACAAUUAUAUAAUCCAUAUAAGUUAACUUUGAAGAAGAUAUAUGUAUCAAAUAUCCAACAUACAUUCGUUCUACUUAUACUCUAUAUCAAAUGUUAUGUGAGCAAUAGUGCUCUUGUUCUAUCAUUCAAAUCGAAAAAAACUCUCUUCCACCUA